AUGGAGAGCACGGUAUCCAGCGGGCGUUCCACCCCAGCCAUGAUGAACGGGCAGGGCAGUGCCGUCCAGUGCCACUCCAGUACCAAGGGCCAGGCGGUUGGCUAUACCUGUUGCUGGGACCAGUGUGGCCUCUGCUUCACCUGCAGCCCUGACCUGGCUGAACACAUCAGGGGCGUGCAUGUCGACGGACAGAGAGGAGGGGUGGGUAGAACCAGGGUAAUACAGGCUGUUCUGUAGGCUACACGUAUUUUAAGCUUUGUGUGUCUCUGUGGGAUCACGCUCCCUCACUCCAUCUCUCUAUUCCUCUUUAGACCCACUUGUUAGCCCGCAAACGGUUGUCUGGAGAAGCGACUUGUUCUCAAAAAUGUUUUGCUUGUCUGAUCUUUCUCUCUCUUCCAUAUCCAACUCUUUCUCUCUCCCUUUUCUCUGUCUCCCGAUUUCUAACUCUCUUCCUCACGCCAUCUCACUCUCUCUUUCUCACAUGCACACUCUUUCUCCAGGUGUUUGUGUGUCUGUGGAAGGGCUGUAAGGUGUACAACACCCCUUCCACCAGUCAGAGCUGGCUCCAGAGACACAUGCUGACACACAGCGGAGACAAACCCUUCAAGGUAAUGUAAUAAUAUAUUCCACAAGGCAGACACAUUUAUCCGAAGUACAGUGAGCGCAUAUAUUUUUAGUAUGUGCUUGCGAUCCCUGCGGAAAUUGAACCCAAGAUCUUGGCAUUGUUACCAGAUGGUGGUUUACUGAAUGGUGACCUGCUUGUCACUGACCCUUGCUGUCUCUCUCUCUCUCUCUCUCUCUCUCUUCCUCUCUUUCGAUCCCCCUCUUCCCCUCUCCAUCCCACUGUAGUGUGUGGUCGGGGGCUGCAAUGCCAGCUUUGCGUCCCAGGGGGGGCUAGCGCGCCAUGUUCCCACCCACUUCAGCCAGCAGAGCUCCUCUAAGCUGUCCAGUCAGGGCAGACUGAAGGAGGAGUCUCCCUCUAAGGCGGGGCUUAAUAAGAGAAAGAAACGAUUCCUGAUGAACAAACGCAGGCGCUCCCUACGUACGUACCCACUAGUGUGUGUGUGUGUGUGUGUGGGUGCUUACAUACACUACUAGCCUGGUUAUACCAGACUGACCCAUGCGCUUACUAUUGUUACAUUGACAUUUUACAUUUUCACCGCAGAGUUCAGUCUGGUUUAACCAAGGUAAUACACUACCCACCCUGCUUAGAAACUACAGGAAGUAGAUAACAAAAACUAUGUUCUCGAAAAUGUUUUACAACAAUAUGCCUUCAUGUACAUUUUCUACUGUAGCUCAGUUGGUAGAGCAUGGCGCUUGCAACACCAGGGUUGUGGGUUCGUUUCCCACGGGGGGCCAGUAUGCACUCACUAACUGUAAGUCGCUCUGGAUAAGAGCGUCUGCUAAAUGACAAAAAAAUUAAAAAAUGUAUAAACUAGUUAUAGCCUACUUUAUAUUUUAUCUAUUUUAUUGAAGUAGAAUACAUGGUAAACCUUAUUAAGGAAUAGUAGUGGACUGUGUAUUUAUCUUAGUGUGUGUGUGCAAGUGGUUGCUGUGUGUGUGUCACUCUAAAAUAGAUGUUUUAGCCUCAUAACCCUUUUAGUCCUCUGGGAAGAGAGGUUAGAAUUGGACGACACACACACACACACACAAACACACACACUCACAUACAGUGCCUUCAGAAAAUAUUCAUACCCCUUGACAUGACAUUUUGUUGUUACAGCCUGAAUUCAAAAUGGAUUAAAUCAAAUCAAAUCAAAUUUUAUUUGUCACUUGCGCCGAAUACAACAGGUGUAGUAGGCCUUACAGUGAAAUGCUUACUUACAAGCCCUUAAACAACAAUGCAGUUUUAAGAAAAAUAAGAGUUAAGAAAAUAUUUACUAAAGAAACUCAAGUAAAAAUGUUUUACAUUAACUAGAAAAUAACAAGAACGAGGCUAUAUACAGGGGGUACAGGUUAGUCGAGGACAUUUAUGUUUCUCUCACCCAUCUACACACAAUACCCCAUAAUGACAAAGUGAAAACAUGUUUUUUGAAUUUUUUGCAAAUGUAUUGAAAAUGAAAUACAGAAAUAUCUUAUUUACAUACAGUACCAGUCAAAAGUUUGGACACCUGCUCAUUCCAGUGUUUUUCUUUAUUUUUUACUAUUUUCUACAUUGUAGAAUAAUAGUGAAGACAUCGAAACUAUGAAAUAGCACAUAUGGAAUCAUGUAGUAACCAAAAAAGUGUUAAACAAAUCAAAAUAUAUUUUAUAUUUGAAAUUCUUCAAAGUAGCCACCGUUUGCCUUGAUGACAGCUUUGCACACUCUUGGCAUUCCGUCAAUCCGGAAAAAAAUGGAACUACCCAGACUCUGCGUAGGGCUGGCCGUCCAACCAAACUGAGCAACCAGGGCAAGAAGGACCUUGGUCAGGGAGGUGACCAAGAACCCAAUGUCCAAAUGACCACUCUGACAGAACAACAGAGUUCCUUGGCUAAGAUGGGAGAACAUGCCAGAAUGAAAACAGUCUCUACAGCACUUCACCAAUCUGGGCUUUAGGGGAGGGUGGCCAGAGAGAAGCCACUCCUGAGAAAAAUGCACAUGACAGCACGCCUGGAGUUUGCAAAUAGGCACGUGAAAGACUCUGAGAUCAUAAGGCAAAAGAUUCUGUGAUGACAAAAAUGUAAGUAUUUGGCCUGAAUGCAAAGCGCUAUGUCUGGAGAAAACCAGGCACAGCUCAUCACCUGUUUAACACCAUCCCUACCGUGAAGCAUGGUGGUGGCAGCAUCAUGCUAUGGGGAUGAUUUUCAGCAGCAUGGACUGGGAGACUGGUAAGGAUAGAGGGAACAAUGAAUGGAGCCAAAUACAGGAAAAUCCUUGAUGAGAACCUGCUUCACAGUGCAAACAACCUUAGACUGGGGCGAAGAUUUACGUUCCAACAGGACAAUGACCCCAAGCAUAGAGCUAAAGUCACGCUGGAAUGGCUUCAGAACAAGAAUGUGAAAGUUCUUGAGUGGCCCAGCCAAAGCCCAGACUUGAAUCCCAUUGUAAAUAUGUGAAAAGACUUGAAGAUUGCUGUUCACCAUCGCUCCCCAUCAAACUUAUCAGAGCUUGAAAAAAUCUGCAAGGAAAAAUGGGAAAACAUCCCCAAAUACAGAUAUACAAAGCUGAUAAAGACAUAUCCAAGACGACUCAAAGCUGUAAUCGCCGCCAAAGGUGCUUUUACAAAAUAUUGAUUCAGGGGUGUGAAUACUUAUGUAAAUGAAAUAUUUCUAUAUUUCAUUUUAAAUAAAUGUGCUAAUAUUUCUAAAAACAUGUUUUCAUUAUGGUGUAUUGUGUGUAGAUGGGUGAGAAAGAAAAACAAAUGUAUCCAUUUUGAAUUCAGGCUGUAACACAACAAAAUAUACACACACACACACACACACACACAUUUCCUAGGUACUGAGGGGUUGGAAUGGUUUGUUACUUCAGGUACCUCCUUCAGCUUGAGUGGGCCAUCCUCGGGCAAACAGGCUUUUUGAGCUCGGCUAGACUUCAAAGAACGAUUGUUAAAGGGCCGAACAAAAUAUUACUUCUCACUUGGAACAGCACUUGUGAGGAAUUGUUGAUGGUGUCUGGCUCUUUGUCAGGAGAUAAAGAAAUGUGAGAGGACAGACAGCACUUUUCUAAAUAUCUUUUGACAUGAAAAUGCCCUUGAUUAAUUUUCAGCAGCCAGCCAACACAUUCUCUCUCUCAUCCUUGCACUCUUGAAUAAUAUGUUCAGCUCAUAGUAGUAAUGCAGUAAUAAAGCAGCAAGGAACCAUUUAACAAGUUGUCUCAUUUCACACUGUUUCAUAGUAAUCAUCUUCAUCAGGAGACGGUAAUGCUGGUGCUGGUCUGGUCUCACUGCUGUCUCACUUGUCUGCAUGGUGUUUCUCAUGGCUGUCUCCUCACCUCUCAUCCCAGACUCUCUCUGCUCUCAUCCCAGUGUCUCCUCUCCCACCAGCGAGGCCCCAUGACUUCUUUGAUGCCCAGACCAUGGACGCCAUCAGACACCGGGCCAUCUGCCUUAACCUGGCCACACACAUGGAGAGCACAGGCAACGGACACAGUGUGGUGUUCCACAGCACGGUUAGUCCGUACAGGACAUACAGACACAUGCACACACACACAUGGAGAGCACCGGAAACGGACACAGUGUGGUCUUCCACAGCACGGUUAGUCUAUUAACCCUUGGGGUCCUGCUACACCAGUCCUGGCCACAAGGCCUAGUACAUAACCCCAAAUCAACCCCCUAGUCCUUACCCCCUAGGCACUUGUGUAGAUCUGAGAGGAUUGGAACAGGUGUCUGCAAAAUGGCAACAAUUCCACUUGGACUAUCAAGGGCAAGAUGGAGCUACCACCAUAUUACUUACACAUAUCCAAUCCUCUGAAAUCUACACAAGUGUCUGGGCGUUAGGGCUUAAGGGUUGAUUUGGGAUUCAGAGUUAGUAGAGAUUCUCUCAUCCUGAAAGUGUUCUCACAUCCCUCUGUGCUGUUUUUGGAUCAGUCUUUCUCACUUUAGCCCUAA